ACGCAGUCCACCGUGGAUCCCGGCAUGGAGUCCAUCGUGGAGCCCUGCAUGGAGUCCAUCGUGGAGCCCGGCAUGGAGUCCAUCGUGGAGCCCUGCAUGGAGUCCAUCGUGGAGCCCGGCAUGGUGUCCGCCGUGGAGCCCGGCAUCGAGUCCAUCGUGGAGCCCGGCAUCGAGCCCUGCAUGGAGUCCAUCGUGGAGCCCGGCAUGGAGUCCAUCGUGGAGCCCUGCAUGGAGUCCAUCGUGGAGCCCGGCAUGGUGUCCGCCGUGGAGCCCGGCAUCGAGUCCAUCGUGGAGCCCGGCAUCGAGCACCAAUCGGGUACAACGCAGUCCACCGUGGAGCCCGGCAUGGAGUCCAUCGUGGAGCCCUGCAUGGAGUCCAUCGUGGAGCCCGGCAUGGAGUCCAUCGUGGAGCCCUGCAUGGAGUCCAUCGUGGAGCCCGGCAUGGUGUCCGCCGUGGAGCCCGGCAUGGAGUCCAUCGUGGAGCCCGGCAUCGAGUCCACCGUGGAUCCCGGCAUGGAGUCCACCGUGGAUCCCGGCAUGGAGUCCAUCGUGGAGCCCGGCAUGGAGUCCACCGUGGAGCCCGGCAUGGAGUCCACCGUGGAUCCCGGCACGGAGUCCAUCGUGGAGCCCGGCAUGGAGUCCAUCGUGGAGCCCGGCAUGGAGUCCAUCAUGGAGCCCGGCAUGGAGUCCACCGUGGAGCCCGGCAUGGAGUCCACCGUGGAGUCCAUCGCG